GAGAGGCGGCCGCACAGCCCGGUUCCCCGCGCCCUGCUCGCCGCCGCCGCCGCCGCCGCUCGCGCGGGCGCCGCUGCUGCCUUCGCCCAGCCGAGCGCACCCACCCGGGCACACGCACCCCGCCGGCGGGCGCAACCCCGCGCACUCCUCCCGCGGCUCCGCCGGGCGCCCGAGCCGGGCAGAUGCGCCGCCGCGCGCCCCCCGCCCCGGGCCCGCCACCGUGCUCCGCCGCGCGCCGGGGGCUCCCCUCCCGGGCCCCCCGGGCGCCCUCCGGCUCCGGUUCCCGCCCGCUUCUUGGAAUAACCCCGGAGGCUCCAGCCGUCGCCGCAAAGUUUCCCGAGGAGACCCGCCUCCCCGGCCGCUGCGCAGGUGAGGAGGCAGGGAGUCGGUGAGGACUCUUCUUUGGACAGACAAGACCAGGGGGCGAAACUGGAGUAGCCCCCCCACCCAGCAAGAGAAGCUUCUUCACAAACAGGGGCAGCCGAGCGAGACUGAGCCCCCCCAGCAUCUUUCCAGGCAGGGCCCUGGGGCCUGACGGGUCAGGGGCCCCGGCGGCUCAGGCGAGACCGUCUGAACUCCUCGGCGGGGGCGGCCCUCCUCCCCAGAGGCGCAGCCUGAGUGGCAGGAGUCCCGAUUCUUUGGAGAGCGGCUUCCUCUCAGCUCUGUCACGCAAGAACGCUCUCUGCACCAGCCCAUUCUGCCAAGUGACUUAAAGGGAUUUAAAAAAGAAAAAAAAUGUGGUAAAGAAAAAGGGGGUAAAAGCCACGCAGUCGCCUUUCAGAGGAGGAGGCAGCCUGCAGACAAAGGGCAAAAGUUGACAGCGGCCGUGGAAGUGACCAGCUGGCCGCUCCCGAUGGGCGCCGGGCCGUAGGGCAUGCCCCGCGAGCAGGGGGUCGUAAGGCCCGCAGGCCCCGCCCGGGAGCCCCCCAGGCCGCCGGGCUGUCCCCGCACACUCGGAGCCCGCACGCCUUGCUGCAGGAGAGGCCAGCUGCGCCCGCGGUCAGGGACCACAAGGAUGCUGCUCGGGACCUGCGGCCUCGCCUGAACUGGGCGGGGGGCGCCCAGAAGUCAGAGGCACAGGGUCCCUGGCCACGCCCCACGUGCCCCAGCGCUGCCCAUCACCCAGGCCUGCAGUCUACGCCCCCCGCCACCCCAGGGGUCCUUGGCCGGCCGGCCGGGGGCAGGAAUGUGAGAGCAGCCCGGGCCCGCCCUUCCCGGAGCAAGGUUGGCAGGCACCUCGGGAGCAGCCAGAGCCCGGUGGGACCCAGCGGCUCCAGAAGCAGCAGUGAAGGAGGAGCUGAGAGCUUCGGGAUUGGGGAAGGGGCAAGGUGUGGAAUAAUUUCCCACACGGCACGGAACACGGAGUCGGGAAGGCGCCUCUGAUAACAAGUGAUUCCUGUAAACGCCUGAGAAGGCUGCUCUGCCGACACCUCUCCUUCCUUCUGUGCAGUGUGUUGAGGCUCCAGGUGAGGUGGGGCCCGGCUCCCCCAGCCGUCCACCAUGGUGGUGGCACACCCCACUGCCACCGCCACCACCACAGCCCCCGCCACCGUCACGGCCACCGUUGUGAUGACCACGGCCACCAUGGACCUGCGGGACUGGCUGUUCCUCUGCUACGGGCUGAUCGCCUUCCUGACGGAGGUCAUCGACAGCACCACCUGCCCCUCCGUGUGCCGCUGCGACAACGGCUUCAUCUACUGCAACGACCGGGGGCUCACCUCCAUCCCCGCGGACAUCCCCGACGACGCCACCACCCUGUACCUGCAGAACAACCAGAUCAACAACGCGGGCAUCCCGCAGGACCUCAAGACCAAGGCCAACGUGCAGGUCAUCUACCUGUACGAGAACGACCUGGACGAGUUCCCCAUCAACCUGCCCCGGUCCCUGCGUGAGCUGCACCUGCAGGACAACAACGUGCGCACCAUCGCCAGAGACUCCCUGGCCCGCAUCCCGCUGCUGGAGAAGCUGCACCUGGACGACAACUCCGUGUCCACCGUCAGCAUCGAGGAGGACGCGUUCGCCGACAGCAAACAGCUCAAGCUGCUCUUCCUGAGCCGGAACCACCUGAGCAGCAUCCCCUCGGGGCUGCCCCACACGCUGGAGGAGCUGCGGCUGGACGACAACCGCAUCUCCACCAUCCCGCUGCACGCCUUCAAGGGCCUCCACAGUCUGCGGCGCCUGGUGCUGGACGGCAACCUGCUGGCCAACCAGCGCAUUGCCGACGACACCUUCAGCCGCCUGCAGAACCUCACCGAGCUCUCGCUGGUACGCAACUCCCUGGCCGCCCCGCCCCUCAACCUGCCCAGCGCCCACCUGCAGAAGCUCUACCUGCAGGACAACGCCAUCAGCCACAUCCCCUACAACACGCUGGCCAAGAUGCGCGAGCUGGAGCGGCUGGACCUGUCCAACAACAACCUCACCACGCUGCCCCGCGGCCUAUUCGACGGCCUGGGGAACCUGGCGCAGCUGCUGCUCAGGAACAACCCCUGGUUCUGCGGCUGCAACCUCAUGUGGCUGCGGGACUGGGUGAAGGCGCGGGCAGCCGUGGUCAACGUGCGGGGCCUCAUGUGCCAGGGCCCCGAGAAGGUCCGCGGCAUGGCCAUCAAGGACAUCACCAGCGAGAUGGACGAGUGUUUCGAGACAGGGUCACAGGCCGGGGCGGCCAACGCGGCUGCCAAGACCACGGCCAGCAACCAUGCCUCGGCCACCACGCCCCAAGGCUCGCUCUUCACCCUCAAGGCCAAGAGGCCCGGGCUGCGCCUCCCGGACUCCAACAUCGACUACCCCAUGGCCACCGGCGACGGAGCCAAGACCCUGGUCAUCCAGGUGAAGCCCCUGACGGCUGACUCCAUCCGCAUCACGUGGAAGGCCACGCUGCCUGCCUCCUCCUUCCGGCUCAGCUGGCUGCGCCUGGGCCACAGCCCAGCUGUGGGCUCCAUCACAGAGACCCUGGUGCAGGGAGACAAGACCGAGUACCUGCUGACGGCCCUGGAGCCCAAGUCCACCUACAUCAUCUGCAUGGUCACCAUGGAGACCGGCAACACCUAUGCGGCCGACGAGACGCCCGUGUGUGCCAAGGCGGAGACGGCCGACAGCUAUGGCCCCACCACCACGCUCAACCAGGAGCAGAACGCGGGCGCCAUGGCGGGCCUGCCCCUGGCCGGCAUCAUCGGCGGCGCCGUGGCUCUGGUCUUCCUCUUCCUGGUCCUGGGGGCCAUCUGCUGGUACGUGCACCGGGCUGGCGAGCUGCUGACCCGGGAACGGGCCUACCACCGGGGCAGCCGGAAAAAGGACGACUACAUGGAGUCGGGGACCAAGAAGGACAACUCCAUCCUGGAGAUCCGCGGCCCCGGGCUGCAGAUGCUGCCCAUCAACCCUUACCGCGCCAAAGAGGAGUACGUGGUCCACACCAUCUUCCCCUCCAACGGCAGCAGCCUCUGCAAGGGCACGCACACCAUCGGCUACGGCACCACGCGGGGCUACCGGGACGGCGGCAUUCCGGACAUCGACUACUCCUACACCUGAGGCCGGCUCUCCCCAGCCCCGCCCAGCCCCGCCCGGCAGGCGUCCCCGCCAGCUGCCAGCCAAGAGAGCAAGGAAGAGAAAUGCCAUGCGGUCUGUCCCAGCAGAAGCCCAGUCUGGGCAGGGUGAUCGAUUUUGUAGAACACGACAGUGAAAACAAAAAUUUUUUUUUUCCCCUAAACAAAUAGAAGGCAGGAGGGGCAUCGGACGUUGCUGGAGACGUCAUUCACGCCGAAUCACGCCAGCUGGGGAAGGGGAGGCUCAAGAUGACAACUGCCGAAAGGGUUGGGCUGGGGAUUGCUUUCCUGGACGAAAAGAUACUACCUGUACAACAUCUGUGGACACCUCUCGCCCCGCUCAGGGCCGUCACAAAAGGACCAGGAUCAGAGAGAAGCAGCUGAUCCGACCGAAGCCGGUACGCAGCCUUCCGCUGCCAGCUGCUUGCUGGCUGCAACGUGAUGGAAGGUUUUUGGGACCCUCGCAAAGGAGAGGGGGGAGGAAAAGAUCCUUUGCUAUGGAGAUAUUGUCCUGAAAUCUCUUCCCGGGUUCUUCCCAUGCCAUCUCCCUUGCAGAUUUGCAGAAAUAUGGCAUCUUUCACUGCAUUCUUGGAACAAUUAAUGUAGUCGAUUAAAAAAAAUCCAGCUUUUUAUUUUUCCUAUGCUGAAUGCUCUUCAGCUCCAUGCACCAUACUCCGUAGAAGCCCUGAUGGAAGCUGUAGCUUUCCCUGCCACCUGGAGGUGCGUCUGUCUGCCCGUCUAUCUGUGUCGCGUCUCUCAGUCCAGAUGGGUAGAUAGAGCCGCAUAGACCGUCCUUAAAGCACUUCUUGAGUCAGUUCUUACCAUUUCCUGAGACAAUAGAAUUGCAAAAAUGUUGCUUUCUCCUAGAAAUCAUUGAGGCAAAGCGCUCUCGGGGGGUCUGAGCGAUGGGACCACCCCCGCUGCUGCCUGCUGCCGUCCGGGACCGGCUGGCUGACAAGGCCUGGCUCCUCAAGGCCCAGCCACGCCCGGCCUGGUGCCUGCCUCACUCCCAACCUCACCACCAGACAGGGGUUUCCAGAACACCGCCACCCACCCGCCACCGCGACCACACAACCAAAGUGCACUGCGAACAGCCCUUUGGCCUCCGUCUUGUAGGUGCCUUGAACUUCAAUGUUGAGAUGAAUGUGACUUAACUACUUGGUCCUAUUUUCUGUUUGUCUGUUUUCAUAUAAAAUGUCCAGGUCCACCUGCCUUGUCCUUUCUUGAAAUAAAUAGAAAGAUUUAACUUUUACAGUCAUCUCAGCUGCUGACUCUCGGUUCCACGGCCUGCUGCACCUGGGGCCAGGGGUCUGUGACACGCGUGGUCUUAGCUGUCCACAGCCCCCCGCAGGCUGUGCCCCAGGGGGUUGGUUCUGCUGCUGCGGGUCAACUGGCAGAGAGGUGGUCACCGGGCAGAAAGGCGGCUCUGGGGUUAAUGAGCUCCCUGGAAUCAUGGGAAAGGAGCUGAGGAUUCUGAUGCAGGAAGACAGGGAAGGGGGCCAGGAGCUGGGCAGUACCCUGGGGCGGGUGACACCAGGGUGACACUCUCUUAAGCAGCAGGCGGGUGGACUGACAGCUAGAAGCAGACUCAGAGAGGGUCUCCACGUGGAGACGUAUUAAUCAAAGCUGCGGAUUAUCCCCUAAGAGGCUCCGGCAACCAUGUGGGCACCCAGAUAAGAGACGAGUCCGGGCAUCUGGGGACACGUGCGAUGAGCUGCCCCAGUGAACGCCCGCCCGGGUUCCUCCCCUCAGACGCCCCUCGUCUCCCAGACGUGCCCUCGGCACUCCGUUCUCGUGGCCUUAUCUGUGUAUCUCCCACUCCAAGGUUGAGGGGGGGUGUUUUUCAUGAGAAC